AGGGUAGAUGACCAAAGUAGGCUUUCGCUUUUCGAAGGCAAUAUCUUGGUCGACCUUGCGUUUUUGCUUUUUGCAGAGGAAGAGGCAAAGGAGAUCCAAUAGUGAAUCAGCAGCAGCAACAAUGGCUAGACAAGCGUCACGACUCAUUCAAUCAUUGUCUUCCAAGAUUUCUCCUCACAAACCCCAAAUAUGCCCACUCCAGCCCUUUGUUUCUUCUUCUUCUCAUUUUUUGACUCAGUCACGGUUUUUCUCGGCGGCUCCAGCGCCUCAACCGGCGGUUUUUGUAGACAAGAACACUCGCGUCAUUUGCCAAGGCAUCACUGGAAAGAAUGGCACUUUCCACACCGAGCAAGCCAUCGAAUAUGGCACUAAGAUGGUUGGUGGAGUUACACCAAAGAAGGGUGGCACAGAGCACUUAGGACUUCCUGUUUUCAAUACAAUUGCCGAAGCAAAGGCUGAAACCAAGGUUAAUGCUUCAGUCAUUUAUGUUCCUCCGCCUUUUGCUGCUGCUGCUAUCAUGGAGGCUAUGGAAGCUGAAUUGGAUCUUGUUGUUUGUAUCACGGAAGGAAUUCCUCAACAUGACAUGGUCCGUGUGAAGGCUGCCCUUAAUCAGCAAUCAAAAACCAGGCUGAUUGGUCCAAACUGCCCUGGCAUCAUCAAACCUGGAGAAUGCAAGAUAGGAAUCAUGCCUGGAUAUAUUCAUAAACCAGGUCGUGUAGGAAUUGUUUCCCGAUCAGGCACUUUAACAUAUGAAGCAGUUUUCCAAACAACUGCAGUGGGUCUGGGGCAGUCAACCUGUGUAGGAAUUGGUGGGGAUCCUUUUAAUGGAACCAACUUCGUAGAUUGUGUGACAAAAUUCCUUGCUGAUCCUCAGACAGAAGGUAUCGUUCUAAUUGGUGAAAUAGGGGGCACUGCAGAAGAAGAUGCUGCUGCACUAAUAAAGGAAAGUGGGACUGAAAAACCUAUUGUUGCCUUCAUUGCUGGACUUACUGCUCCUCCAGGACGACGUAUGGGUCAUGCUGGAGCUAUAGUAUCUGGGGGCAAGGGCACGGCUCAGGACAAAAUCAAGACACUAAGGGAAGCUGGAGUAACAGUUGUUGAAUCACCUGCAAAGAUUGGUGUAGCAAUGCUUGAUGUCUUCAAGCAAAGAGGUCUCCUGAAUUAGUGUUUUUGUUUCUAGAAAAAAGAAAACGAUCUUCUGAAUUAAUUUCAGGUGGACUUCCUUUAUAUGUUUUCAUUGUUUUUUCCAAAAUUAUUUUACACUGAAAUGAGGGAAAAUCUUUUACCCUUAUUUAAUGUGCCAUUGUUGCCAAGACCAUGAUUUGGCAAAAAAAAAAGAAAAAAAAGCUACACUUUAUUAGUUGCGUUGAUACAAAGAAACCUGACAAGAAAACUUCAUUUCA